AUGGGAUUUGAAGUCUCUCAUUACCACUCCACAUUCACUUUAAGUAAUCUUGAAGGAAUCUCCUCACAUAAUUCCGAAAAUUCUCCCAUUUUAACCACCUUUUACUCACCAAUUAAAACGUUAGUCGCCAAGUCCAAUAAAAGUGCAAUUUCGGAAGAAUUAAAAGUUUAUUUUGUCCAUUUCCUUUGUCUGUAUAAGUCAAGGUUGUUUGGACAUUCACCUAAAUCCCUUUGUUCGAGGCUGACAAAAAGUGACCAUUUAAAGGAAAAUAAACCAAUCAAAAGGGCUCUCCUAACACCUACGCCAUCAGUCACCUCUUCUACUAUACAUUUGUUUAAAAAAAUAUUUUCUUGGUGUUUUCUGGUCUUUUCAGACGCGGUGGGCUGGACUGCCUCUUGGCGACAUUAUCCUUCUGACCUCUCAACCCUUCAAGAAUCUGAAUCUCUGCCAUUCAUUAUAAGUGAAUGGGAUGUUGCCAAGGUGGCGUCACAAUUACCAGUAAAUGCCAUUUGUGAUGGACAAACCAUGAAUUCAGUCACAUCUUUUAUUUUCUUGUUCUGGCUUUGUCAAGACACUCUAGAAAUUAGACUUUUAGUAAACUUUUCUCAGGUAAAGAAAAAUAUGGACUUAAUGGAUUGGAAUAAAUCCAACAUGGGUGUAGAUUUUAUAACAUCUGGACUUAUAAACCAUGCAUUGCCGCCAUGA